AAUGACAAAAUGGAAAAUUCUAAUCACUGGUCAUAAGUUGUAAUUAUGCAUAAAAUUUGGGAGGAGUGGAAGUUGCCUAAGCUCUAUAUAAAAUAUAUAACAUUUUUUGGUUCAGCCACUAGAGGGCGAAGCACUGCAAUAAUGCAAUACCACCUGAAGACACAGGAUCUAGGCUACAAGGUCAGUAAUCUGAGCAAAACAGAGAGGGGGGAUUUAUCACAACUGGUGUAAAGGAAAACGGGCUUAGUUACCGUAGUAACCAAUGAGAAUCCAUAUUUAAUUUUUCAGAGCUCCAUUGGAAAAUGGAAGGUGAAAUCUGUUUGGAUGCUAUGGGGAAGUAAGCCUUUUUUACUUUACACCAGUUUGAAAAAUCAGAGCCAGAAUGUUUAGAAAGACUAGGAGGAAGCACAUACAUACAGAGGAAAAGUGCCCAAAGUCCAUGCAUGCAGGAGGCAAACACCCAAAGUCAAUGGAAACAGAAGCCUGAAGUCCAUGCCAGCAGAAGAAGUGUCAAAAGUCCCUGCAAAGCCAGGAAAAGUGCCCACAGUCCAUGUAAACAGAGGGAAAGUAUUCAAAGUCCAAGCAAAGUGAAGGAAAGUGCCCAAAGUCCAUGCAACCGGAAGGAAAGCACCCAAAGUCCAUGCAUGCAGAAGGAAAGCACCCAAAGUCCAUGGAAAAACAGGAAAAGUGGCCAAAGUCCAUGCAAACAGAGAAAAAGUGCCCCAAGUCCAUGCAAGCAGAAGGAAAGUACCCAAAGUCCAUGCAAACAGAGGGAAAGCACGCAGAGUCCAUGCAUGCAGAAGGAAAGCACCCAAAGUCCAUGCAAACAGAGAGAACGUGCCCCAAGUCCAUUCAAGCAGAAGGAAAGUACCCAAAGUCCAUGCAAACAGAGGGAAAGCACGCAGAGUCCAUGCAUGCAGAAGGAAAGCACCCAAAGUCCAUGCAAACAGAGAGAACGUGCCCCAAGUCCAUUCAAGCAGAAGGAAAGUACCCAAAGUCCAUGCAAACAGAGGGAAAGCACGCAGAGUCCAAGCAUGCAGAAGGAAAGCACCCAAAGUCCAUGCAUACAGAAGGAAAGCACCCAAAGUACAUGCAUGCAGAAGGAAAGCACCCAAAGUCCAUGCAACCAGAAGGAAAUCACCCAAAGUCCAUGAAUGCAGAAGGAAAGCACCCAAAGUCCAUGGAAAAAGGGGGAAGUGGCCAAAGUCCAUGCAAACAGAGAAAAAGUGCCCCAAGUCCAUGCAAGCAGAAAGAAAGUACCCAAAGUCCAUGCAAACAGUGGGAAAGCACCCAAAGUCUAUGCAACCAGAAGGAAAGCACCCAAAUCCAUGCAAGUAGAAGGAAAGCACCCAAAGUCCAUGCAAACAGAGGGAAAGCACCCAAAGUCCAUGCAAACAGAGGGAAAGCACCUAAAGUCCAUGAAAGCAGAAGGAACGACCCAAAGACCAUGCAACCAGAAGGAAAGCACCCAAAGUCAAUCCAACCCGAGGGAAAGCACCCAAAGUCAAUCCAAACAGAGGGAAAGCAUCCAAAGUCCAUGCCACCAGAAGGAAAGCACCCAAAGUCCAUGCAUGCAGAAGGAAAGCACCCAAAGUCCAUGCAAACAGAGGGAAAGCACGCAGAGUCCAAGCAUGCAGAAGGAAAGCACCCAAAGUCCAUGCCACCAGAAGGAAAGCACCCAAAGUCCAUGCAUGCAGAAGGAAAGCACCCAAAGUCCAUGCAAACAGAGGGAAAGCACGCAGAGUCCAUGCAUGCAGAAGGAAAGCACCCAAAGUCCAUGCAACCAGAAGGAAAGCACCCAAAGUCCAUGGAAAAAGAGGGAACAUGCCCCAAGUCCAUGCAAGCAGAAGGAAAGCACCCAAAGUCUAUGAAAAAAAAGGGUAAGGAGGCCAAAGUCCAUGCAAGCAGAAAGAAAAGCACCCAAAGUCCAUGCAAACAGAGAGAACGUGCCCCAAGUCCAUGCAAGCAGAAGGGAAGCACGCAGAGUCCAUUCAUGCAGAAGGAAAGCACCCAAAGUCCAUGAAAGCAGAAGGAACGACCCAAAGACCAUGCAACCAGAAGGAAAGCACCCAAAGUCUAUGGAAAAAGAGGGAAAGUGCCCCAAGUCCAUGCAACCAGAAGGAAAGCACCCAAAGUCUAUGGAAAAAGAGGGAAAGUGCCCCAAGUCCAUGCAACCAGAAGGAAAGCACCCAAAGUCUAUGGAAAAAGAGGGAAAGUGCCCCAAGUCCAUGCAACCAGAAGGAUAGCAGCCAAAGUCAAUGCAAACAGAGGGAAAGCACCUAAAUUCCAUGCAAACAGAGGGAAAGCACCCAAAGUCCAUGCAAACAGAGGGAAAGCACCUAAAUUCCAUGCAAACAGAAGGAAAGCACCCAAAGUCCAUGGAAAAAGAGGGAAAGUGGCCAAAGUCCAUGCAAACAGAGAAAAAGUGCCCCAAGUCCAUGCAAGCAGAAGGAAAGUACCCAAAGUCCAUGCAAACAGAGGGAAAGCAGGCGGAGUCCAUGCAUGCAGAAGAAAAGCACCCAAAGUCCAUGAAAACAGAAGGAACAACCCAAAGACUAUGCAACCAGAAGGAAAGCACCCAAAGUCCAUGCAAACAGAGGGAAAGCACCCAAAGUCCAUGCAUGCAAAAGGAAAGCACCCAAAGUCUAUGGAAAAAAGAGGGAAAGUGCCCAAAGUCCAUGCAAACAGAGGGAAAGUACCCAAAGUUCAUGCAAACAGAAGGGAAGCACCCAAAGUCCAUGCAAACAGAAGAAAAAUACCCAAAUUUAAUUGAAACAGAAGCAAAGUGCCCAAUAUCCACGCAAACAGAAUUAGUGCCCAUAGUUCAUGCAAGCAGAAAUAAAGCACCAAAAGUCUAUGCAUGCAGAAGGCAAACACCCAAAGUCCACAUAAGCAAAUAAAAAGUGCCCAAAGUCAAUGCAAACACAAACAGCAGGAACAAGCAAACUCCUUGCAGAUGUAGCUGCAGUCAGACUGCAAACCAUAACCCCAGUGCACCCUGACUGUAGCACUGACCUCUGAACAGCAGUGCUGACCCUUAUUACAU